AUCCUUUAAAUGUGGCCAAAUGUAACUUAAUAGCUUUAAUAAAUGAUAAUAACUUUAGUAACAAUAGUAAAACCCUUAUUCAGCACUUUGUCUAUUUAUAACCUUGCUUAUUUAUUAAUAGAGCACAAAUGUGCAAAUAGCAGCUUAAAGUGUAAAAAUAAAUUGUUGUUUAAAAAUGACUAACUGGAAGUAGUACUUAGUAAACAAUUGCUGUUUAUGUUUUAAUCUCUUCAGCAGGAAAGUAUGCUCACUUGAUUGAAGAAGAUUCCUGUGACCCACUUCUUCCUGAGCUACAUCUAGUGAUUAUUGGAAGUCAUAGUUCUGGGAAGAAUGAUAUAUGCAAUGCCAUUUUCAAGAAAAAGAUGUUUACAUUUUGGACAUUGUCUGAAAAACAUUAUGUCAGGAGAAAACGCACUGUGUUCGGAACAAAAGUAACUAUAGCCCGUGUUCCUGGCUGGUCCGGAGAUUUGAAUUUGGGUCUAAAGCACCGCAAGUUACGACAGGAGAUUAGAGAUGCAGUGAGUUCAUUUAAAAAGGGGCCUCAUGCAAUCAUUUUGGCCAUGAAAGUGAACUCCACCUUUACAAAAACAACUCAAGAGACCCUGGAAAAUGUCCUUACUGAAAGAUUCUGGGAUCACACCAUCAUCGUCUUCACAGGAGGACACGCACAGAUGAACAUUGAACAUGUCAUCAGUCAAAUGAACUUAAAAUCCCUAAUUGAAACUUCCAGUAUCAAGCACUGUGUACUGCAGAAACCUAACAGUUGUGAAGAGAGUAAAGAGCUGAUUGAAGACAUAGCACUGAUGAUCGCAGAAAGAGUUCCACUUCGUUUCUCGGUUGAUGAAAGUGAGCAACCUGAUGAAUCACAUGAAAAGAAGAACCUUUUGAAAAGAUUGGGGAAAAAAAUACAAAAACUGCACAGCUCUGAUAAAAAAACAAGAAUGGAGAGGACUGAGUCAAUGAUGGAGAUAAGACGAUUAGAAAACAUAAGGAGUUUACAUGAAGAUCUUGCCACAAAUCCUUCUCAAUCAGAUCAGUCUGCAUGUGAAGCCAUACACACAGAAAGACCAACAAGCACAACUGAGACAACUGUAGAAAUCCAUCAUACAGAGGCAUCAAAGCUGCUGAGUACCAAGAUGACAUGUGGUAAUAAUCCAGUUUAUGACGCCUAUGAACUAAAUGGCUAUUUUAAGUGUGACUCCCGUUUACCAGUCAGUGAGUGUGAUUUUCGCAGCUGGUAUGACUGUCUAGUAAAAAUCUUGGAAGACUUAAGUGAGGAACAGUUCAAGAAAAUGAAAAACAAGAUGUGCAGUAUGCAAAAUGACAGAAUUCCUACAUCGCAUGCAGAGGACAAAGACCGAAACACACUGGCACGUAACAUGAUCGAACGCUGGGGUGAAGAAAAAUGUAUUAGCUACACCAGAGAUAUUCUAAAAGAUAUUCCACGGAAUGACAAGGAAAUUAUAAAAAUAAUUCUGCCAUUCUUACAGAGCAUUGGAGAAUCAUGGUAAUAAAAGAGAUUUACCAGACUAGAUUAAUGAAUACCAAUUAAUUCUAAAAAAAAAAAAACAUCUACAGUGGUAUGAAAAAGUGUGAUGUCGCCGCUAGAACUAGAACUGUCCCUGUGGUCUUCCAUUUCCUCACUAUGUUCCUCACAGUGGAAACUAAAAGCUGGAAUGUCUGAUAUAGCUUUUUGUCUCCUUCCCCAAAACCAUGAUGUUGAACAAUCUUUGUUUUCAGGUCAUUUGGGAGUUGUUUUGAGGCUCCCAUAUCGCCACUCUUUAGAGAAGAUGCAACAAGGUGAAAAACUUACAAUUGGGCACAUUAACCCUUUCUCACAACUGGAUUCACCUGUUUAUGUAUGUCAAGGGUCAAUGAGCUUACCAAAUUCAUUUUGUGUUCCAAUAAUUAGUGCUAAAGGUAUUCAAAUCAAUAAAACAAGGGUGCCCAAAUUUAUGCACCUGCAUAAUUUUGUUUACUUUAUGUAAAUCCUACAAACUUUAUGUCACUUCUUAAAUAUCACUGUAUCCAUCUGCAAUAUGAUAUAUUUAAAUUAAAUUGCUGACCUAAACAACCAAUGAUUUAUAAAGGAAAAUCAUAAAAAAAUUAUUAGAGGUGCCCAAAUUUUUUAUACCACUGUAAAGCAAUUUUUGCUUUUUCCAGAAAACAUAAAGUUAAAGAUGGCACUUUAAUAAUUCAAGCAAUAAUAUUUUUGGAUUUCCAUCUUUUAUCCUUAUAAAAUAACAAAAAAUGACAAGAGCUGGAAGCCAGAGUUCUGUGCAGGAUCCAUACACAGACAAACCAAGUCUCCCUGAAGCUGCGGGAGUCUCCCGCAUUUCGGCAGUGGCUCCCGGAUGCCCGUGAGUCACAUAUAAUCUCCCGGAAUUCAGAACAAGUGCCCCAAACGCGCACACAGGCGACAGACUUUUUUUCUCUAAUCGCGUGUGGGAAGGAGAGAGACAAAACAGAGAGGGUUCUGAUUGCCCUGUUCUCUGCAAAGAGUCUGCGAGACAGCCAAUCAGCAGAGGCAAUAUUAAUAAUUAUUGUAAUAUGAUAUGAAAUGUUUUUGAUUUUGUGCAAUUUUUUGUGAUAUUGUUACUGUCAAUUUUUGUCAAAUAAAAAAAAGGCAUAGGCAGGAAAGCAGAGGCAGGGCCUUCCAAAAAGAAAAAAGAUAAAACUCAUUUUAUUUCAACUCUGAAUACUCUAAAUUUUAUAAAAAAAUUAAAAAAACGUAAAAUUAAUUAAUAUAAAAUUAAAGUUUCGUUAUCAUUUGGUGAGUUGGUUGAAUUUUUUAUUUUUUUUUUUUGCCGC